GGAAAUCGUUUAUAACUUGAAGAAUGAGUAUUAUAUCUUGAACAUAAAAUCCUUCGAGGUGUUUAGUCCUUCGUUCAUUUUUUUACUCAUUACUCAGGGUGUCGAAACAUUACUAAUAAGUUAAUAAACUAAAAAAAGUUUUCAUUACUUAGGCCUAUUUGCUACUUUAGUUUUACAUGUACCAUUAAGUCGAAAGUAACCCAUACAAUAUCCCACAUGCGCGCUCCUAGAUUUACAUCUCCUAUAUUAACCUUUUAAUUUUUAUUUUCAUUCAUAUAAAAUUAUUCCAAGGCGAGGCUUUUGCUUGUAAGGAAAGCGCACAGACAGCUAGGGCCGCUGGCUGUCCCGGGAUACUGGGCUGGGUGCCCAGCCUUAGAUAGGAGACGGAGUAUUACAUCAUCAGCCCUGCCUAUCCGUGUCAUGAAUUAGUGAUUAUUUCCAUCCUUCCAUAAAGACAAUCGUAGCUUUCCAUUUCUACUAGAAAGGAGUGCGGACUCAUUUUCGUGAGCCAAGGAGCCCGUGUUGAAGCGAUAAUGUCCUUUAUCCCGGGGCAGCCGGUCACGGCGGUGGUGCAACGCAUUGAAAUCUGCAAACUUCGUCAAUGUGACAACCUGAUCCUGGGCUUCAGCAUAGGAGGAGGAAUAGAUCAAGACCCAGGACAGAACCCCUUUUCUGAGGAUAAAACUGACAAAGGAAUCUAUGUCACACGAGUGAGCAAAGGAGGCCCAGCAGAAGCUGCCGGACUCAUGAUUGGGGACAAAAUAAUGCAGGUCAAUGGCUGGGAUAUGACCAUGGUGACUCACGACCAGGCACGGAAGAGACUCACUAAGAAAAACGAGGAUGUGGUCCGGCUUCUGGUUACCCGGAAAUCGCUCGAGGACGCCGUCAGGAAUGCAAUGGUGUAGUAACUCCGAGGCACAGAUGAAAUCCUGCAGUGGGCAGAGGAGGAUAUCGGAAGUCCAACCUGUCGGCCUAGCAUUCCUGCUUUCACGUUCAAUACAACCGUGUCUUCAGCCCUACAAUGUUUCUCAGUUAUACUUUAACUAGAAUUUAAUUUGUAAUGUAGCCUUCACAUUAAUAAUCAUUUGGUCACAUAUUGGUCAUUUUUACUCGGCUCAAUUGUAAUUCUCUUUCUGCAUGUGACAUUUUCAAUGGUCAUGAAAAAUCAAAAACUCGUAAUAAUAUCGUUUGGUGUCAUAAUUCCAGUCCUCUCAGGACACAGGGUCUGCUGGUGUCUGAUCAAGCCGCGCACAGAGUUUAAUUCAUUCAUCCAUCUUCAGUCUGCUUUUCCUGGUAAUAAUCACAGUUAUUAAAUCAUCACAAAAUGGUAUUUAGGAUUUUUUUUGUAUUAAACAGGAUGUUGUUGCUUAAGUUAUAAAUUCCUACUAAUCCUUUUAUAUUCUAUUAUAUAGUUGUCAUCAAUCAGUCUAAAUUAAUGUGAAUCAGUCUAAAUAAUGAGCAUUGACUAGGGUGAAAGGGGUUUUAUUAUUACUAUCAAGUGCCCUUUUUGCUCAGUUGAGCAGCUGGUUAUCAGCCCUAUGGAUCAGACACCUGCACCCUAUGCGUUUCCUGUUGAUAGAUCUGCUUUAAAUUAAUCAUACUUUGGAUUUUUAUUGAAAUAGUUACAUUUUUCCUGAAUUCUGCACAAAGAUGUCCGUUGAUGUUUUGUACAUUUAUUUUUGACUGUUAAUCUCAGCAAAGUGCCGUAAGUGAUACAAAAUUUGGUGCUUUGGGUUGGUCUUUUCUACAAUUUUACAGUUACCUUUUAUAUUUUUCUAAAUAUACAUGUACCAAAGAGCGUGGUAUAUUCUUUUUUAAAUAGAUAUAUACACACACUUGUGCACUAAAUUAGAUAUAAAAGUAUGAGUUUUUUUAAUGGGGAAUAAGUGUGUAUGAGUUAUUUCCCAGAAUCGCUGCUUGUUUGAUUUGUGAAACUCACCUUACGUCAGUGGCUCCACUGGAGCGGCGCAGCGGCUAUUCCCAGACGGGCCCCUAGGUGGCUCCCGCGGACCACGCGACGCCGACCCUCUGCGCAGGAAGACUGCGCCACUGCCAUUUGCUUCGGUUAGAUAGAAUUUCUUGUGCAGCCGCUUUAAUGUUGAAUCAGUAGUUUUCUUGCUUUACAAGGAGCAUCAGUGAUGUUUGUUGAAAUGAUACACUGGAAUACUGUGGUCCAAGGUUGAUAGAUCAGGAAAAAUAAAGUUGAUUUUAAAUUCA